CGCCAGCAGCCUGCAGCCACCGCCUCCAGAAUGCAGCGCCUCGCCCUCUUUCUCGUGUGUCUGCUCGGCUCUGCCGUAGCCUUGCCGGCCCGCACCAGGCUCUGGAGCAGGGGCAACAGCCGCAUCAUCGGAGGAAGCAACGCCAACAUCGCCAACUACCCGUGGCAGCUGUCCUUCCAGUAUGGCGGUUCGCACAUCUGCGGAGCCUCCAUCAUCAGCUCCACGUGGACGCUGACGGCCGCUCACUGUGUGGACGGUAUGAGCCUCCUGCUGAUGACUUUCAGAGCCGGAUCGUCUAUCCGUGGAAGCGGUGGCACCGUCCUGAGCGCCUCCUCUGGCUACAUGCACGGAUAUUACGACAGCGACACGGUGGACUACGACGUUGCCGUCGUUCAGGUGUCUGGAUCCCUGCUCGGCACGAACGCCCAGGCCGUCGGCCUCCCAUCCGACGGCUACGACCCCGCCGGAGGCCUGGCCGUGACCGUCACUGGCUGGGGAUCCACGUACACAGACGGCCCGGCCCCGAGCAACCUGCAGAAGCUGGACAUCAGCAUCGUGGCGCGCUCCACAUGCCAGAGCAUCUUCGCCAACGUGAACACCGUGACGGCCCGCAUGGUGUGCGCCGGCAGCGCGGGCCAGAGCGUGUGCAGCGGAGACUCGGGCGGCCCCCUGGUCAGCGGCAGCACGCAGGUGGGCAUCGUCUCCUGGGGGGUCAGCCCCUGCGAGGCCAGCCCCGGCGUCUACGCCAACGUCGGCAACCUGCGCUCCUGGAUCCGCUCUGCAGCAGGCGUCUAAGGCCUUCUGGGUCACAGCUGCACUCUGCAAUGUGCAUCUGCACGUUUUGACAAGAAGGAUCCUGUUGUAUACAAGACGAAUUUUCACAAAUAAAUGACUAUACCAAUUA